UUUUAAUUAAACUAAUUGAAAUUAACAAAUAAAAAAAUCUCUCGUACCCGCAACCCGAAACCCUAGCCUCCCCUCUCCCCUCUGGCGGCUGGAACCAUUGCGAUACAGUCGUGACAGGGAAGACCUCCCAAACUCACCUUUUUCUCGUCCUUCUGCUCCGCUUCUUCCCGAAACCAUUGAGGAAGGUAACCGUUGUCUUUCUCCCCCAUCCUUCCACCCCCAUUCGCGCCUUCAGCUCUUCUAAAUUUCCUUCAUUGGCAAGAUGGGAUCCACUUCCAGGCGUUCUAAGUGUUCUAAGAGAAGUGAUGAAGCGAGUAUAAGUAGUUUAGAAUCAGAUGAAUACAGUGAAAAUGAAAUUGGAUCUGAUAAAGAUUCAGAGAUGGAGAUGGAGCUAACUUUGGAUCAGUCCGAGCAAGAUGAAAAAGACGAUAGUGGAAUGGACUCCGAAGCUGAGGACGAUGAAGAGAACAAUGUGGAGGAAGGAGAAGACAAUGAAAGAAGUGCUGUGCAAAGGGAUGCAGAAAUGGAAGUGCUCGAGAUAGAGUAUCAAGCUCUGCGCAGCAAGGAACAAGAUCUUUUGAAGAAUUUGCGGCGUCACAAGGAUGAAGAUGUCAUUAAAGGUGAAGCCGUAAAGAAUCAAAAAGCUCUUUGGGAUAAGACAUUAGAGUUUAGGUUCUUGCUGCAGAAAUCAUUUUCAGCCUCCAAUAAACUUCCACAGGAACCUGUUAAGUCAUAUUUUUGCAAUUCAGAUACGACAGCUGAUGAAAGUUUUUUAGAACUGAUAUCUUCAUCUAAGCAGACUUUAAAUUCCCUGUUGGAGCUACAGGAGGCUUUACUUGAGAAUAACCACUCUAUUACUCAAGGAAAUGGUAAAGGUUCCUGCAAGGACGACGGAUUAUCUUCAGAUGUAACUGAAGAAAAAGAUGAAGAAUGGUCAAGCAUAUACAAAUCACAUGACAGAAUAAAGGAUUUCAGAAAUAACUCUAUAGACAAAUGGCAUAGAAAGAUGCAGGUCACAACUGGGGCAGCUGCUUUCAGAGGAAGAUUGAAUGCAUUUAAUAAAAAUGUUAGUGACCAAAUAGAUGGCUAUAUGAGAGAUCCUAACCAAAUGAUCAAACGGAUGCAAUUACGGAGUUCAUCUGUCGGUGUUUUUGGGAAUGUCCCUGCGGUGAAUGAAAAAACAACAGAAGAGAAUCAGGAUGGGAAUGUUGAUGGAGAUCCAGAACUUAUUGAUGACUCUGAAUUUUAUCAGCAACUGCUAAAAGAAUUCUUUGAAUCUUGUGACCCAGCAUCAUCUGAGUCUGCUUUUUAUGCCUUGAAAAAACUACAGCCGAAGAAGCGAAAAAUUGUCGAUCGUCGGGCUUCCAAGAGCCGGAAAAUAAGGUACAACGUUCAUGAAAAGAUAGCUAAUUUCAUGGCUCCAGUGCCAAUGAACCUCCCUCCGAUGGCCCCAAAGUUAUUUGAGAAUUUGUUUGGAAUGGGCAGCAAUUCAAAAUCUGCUGUUGCAUGAACAACUACAGCAGCAGAGGUUGCAGAAAUUUAUGGAAAUUAUAUAUUUGGAGUAAAAUCUUACCUGCAUGUCAUUUCUAUAUUUGUUGUAUUUUGCAAUUUUGAUUAUGUUCUUAAUCUUUUCUAUUGGGUUGAUUUUGCUAAACACUGCUCUAUUUGGUCUACCAAUUAACUGAUUUGAUGAUGUUCUUUUAAUA